AGCAUCAGUAAUCUUACUGAUACCUUGCCACACGGUCGCGAUCACGUCUCGUAAUUACAUGCUCGAAAGGUGCAAAAUCACGGGGCGAGGCAUAUCAUAACAUCGAAUUUCAAUUAAGAGCAAAUUGUAUGUCGACGCACACGCACGCGCACGCGCUCUCGCUCUCGCUCUCUCGUCGGGCUCCCAGAAGUUGCCACUCCCUCUUUUUUGACCCCCUCUCUGCGGGAUUUCAUCGUGUUGUCGUUUAUUAAAGAGGGCUGUCACUGUAUCGGUCGCUCGGUUCGCUCUAUUGCUCUCGCUCGGGGGUGUUCGACUUUCAAAAGCGAGACGCGAAACAUCUCCGUCCCUUCCUCCUCGUCCUGCUCCUGCUGCUGCUGCCGCCUCUUCUCUCCGAAGGCAGUGACGGUGAUACAGCCCCCAUCGCGCCAGAUCUCGCCGCCGCUCGGUUCCGUGGCUGAUCGGGGGGCGAUUCGGAGGCCAAUUGCUCCGCCCGAGGUCUUCCGCUCGAAGAUAUCGGGUGCUGUUUCGGGGUUAAUCGUCCGGUCCGUCGCUCGCGUGGAUUUUGGGGGCUGCUGCUACUGCUGCUGCGGGCGUUUGACGUGAUUUAGGUUUGGCGCUCCUUGCGGUUCGGGUCGCGGAGAGGCUGUCGAGGGGGUCGUCUCCUCAGUGAUUUCGAAGGGUUCUCCGCCGCUCCCGACGUUAUGAUGCAGCAGAAUGUAAGGUCUCUUUGACGCGGACUCCGAUUGAUGCCUUGCUUCUGUGGUUUGAUUGUCAAUCUUUACCCUGCAUAAGUGAGUCUCUGCUUGUGGGAGAUCAAAAUCCGUACGAUAAGGUUUGCUCGUCGUUUGGUUUGACAGGAUUCUUGCGUCUGGAGUUGUUCUUGAUAGAUAAGUCGAGGUUCGAGCUUCUUACUAGAGCGGCUUAGGUUCUGGACAGAGAUAUCUUGGUUUCCCUGUGUUUUGCAUUCGAGAGAUGAUCAAGCAGAUACUGGGUAGACUUCCACGGAAGCCGUCCAAGUCCGAAAACCGUGACCAUGGAGGCUCGGUUGUGUCGUCUAUGAAGUCUGGCGGGGGUUCGAGGACUGCCGAUCUUGCGAGUCAUAGACUGGAUAACUCGGGCAAUGCGUCUCUUCCAGGUCCUGCUUCGGCUUCGAAUUUGGGAAAUGGUCAUGGACGUAAGCCUGCCCAAGCUGUGAAUUCAAAGUACGAUAAUGUGACGCCUGCUUCUUAUGAAGCGUUGCCUGGUUUUAGAGACGUGGGGAACUCUGAGAAGCAGAAUUUGUUUAUUAGAAAGCUGAACAUGUGUUGUGUUUUGUUUGACUUCACUGAUCCCACGAAGAAUUUAAAAGAGAAGGAGAUUAAACGGCAAACGCUUCUUGAGCUUGUGGAUUAUGUCACUUCUGCAAAUGGAAAGUUCAGUGAAACUGUAAUGCAAGAGAUUACGAAAAUGGUAUCAGUGAAUUUGUUUAGGCCGUUCACCCCUCAGCCUCGGGAGAACAAGGUAUUUGAAUCUUUUGACUUGGAAGAGGAAGAGCCUUUGAUGGACCCUACAUGGCCUCAUUUGCAAAUUGUCUAUGAAUUUUUUCUGAGGUUUGUCGCAUCACCUGAAACAGAUGCAAAGUUGGCUAAGAGAUAUAUUGAUCACUCGUUUGUGCUGAAGCUGCUAGAUCUAUUUGAUUCUGAGGAUCCUAGAGAAAGAGAAUAUUUGAAAACGAUUCUGCAUCGAAUAUAUGGGAAGUUUAUGGUACAUCGGCCAUUCAUCAGAAAAGGUAUCAACAACAUCUUCUUUCGUUUCAUCUUUGAAACGGAGAAGCACAAUGGGAUUGCUGAACUUUUAGAAGUUUUGGGCAGCAUAAUCAAUGGGUUUGCUCUCCCAUUGAAAGAAGAACACAAACUAUUCCUUGUCAGGGCUCUUAUUCCUUUGCACAAACCUAAAUGCUUGCCAAUGUACCAUCAGCAAUUGUCUUAUUGCGUCACACAGUUUGUGGAGAAAGACUGCAAACUUGCGGACACUGUAAUAAGGGGUCUUCUUAAGUAUUGGCCUGUGACAAAUAGCUCUAAGGAGGUCAUGUUUUUAAGUGAGCUGGAAGAAAUAUUGGAAGCAACUCAGGCACCUGAAUUCCAGAGAUGUAUGGUGCCCCUUUUCAGGCAAAUUGCUCGAUGCUUGAGCAGUUCACACUUUCAGGUGGCAGAACGGGCUUUGUACUUGUGGAACAAUGAUCAUAUUGAGAACUUAAUAAGACAAAAUCAAAGGGUCAUACUGCCAAUAGUGUUCCCUGCUCUGGAGAGAAAUUGUCGCAAUCACUGGAACCAGGUUGUCCAGAGCUUGACACUUAAUGUUCGGAAAAUAUUCUCCGAUGUUGAUCCAGAGUUAUUUGAGGAGUGCUUGCAGAAGUUCCAGGAUGAUGAAGAAAAAGCUGAGGAUAUGAAGAAGAAACAUGAAGCGACAUGGAAACAGUUGGAAGACAUUGCUGCAACAAAAGCUGCGACUAACGAAGCAGUACUUGUGCCUUAUGUUCUACCCAGCCAAUUUUCAUCGAGCCAGUAAAAUGAAAUGGGUACAUGGUCAAAAGUUCCAAUUUCUUUUGGAUCUGCGGCCACCAUAACAUGGUCAAUGUGCUUGGAGACUGCUGUCGGGGUUUAUGCAAUUGUCUUUUGGGCCUUCAGUAGAAGGCAUGCCCUGAUGGUCAAGAACGUCGGAGAGAUGAAAUCUGUGAGCCACGCUUCAGAACUAAUUCAGAAGAGUCAGUCACCAUUCAGGAUGGAUAAUUGAGAGGUAGUUGCCAAGAGAUUGUGAAGUGGGUGAAGUCGGGAAUGUCUGAUGAAAUUUGUCAUAUAUGAGAAACUGCUAUUUAACUUCUCCAUUAUGGAAGUCGAUGUAUGAUAGUAUUCUUUUUUUUUAUCCUCCUAGAAUUAAAUUCUCUGUUGGCAUGACUGCUGGUUGUAUAGAUUCUGAUAAUCCGAAGAGUUUUUGAUACGAGAUGUGAUGGGUAGUUUCUCAAAAUGA